UAGGGUUUUGUCCUACUAGAGUAGUGUUCGAGUAGUAACACUCCACUCCUCCUUUUAUCUUGUAUCUUCUCAAUUUGUCUUGUUUUGUAUAUGAGACUCAUCACGUGAAUGUCUCUAGCUCAGACAACUCUUCUCUUUUUAUAGCCUCUCCUUCGUUUCUUAAGUACCCUACCACCGUGUGUUCAUCCCCUUUCUCUUAACUCUUUUUAGAGGUUACCUAGAACCUUGUCAUUCUUAAUUUACCCUACCCUCUCUCUCUCUCUCUCUAUCUCUCUCUGUGUGUGUGCAAACAAUCCAUAUAUCCAUGACUCCUGUUUCUCUGAACCCUCCAGGUCCUUCCAUAGGUCAAAACCAACUCUUCAUUUCCCCUAAUAAUCAGGACUGCCGUUUCUUAUUUAACACACUUGAUCAAAGUCAAAGCAUAGAAAUUGGACGGUUAAGAGAAAAUUAUCAUCAGGAUAUUGAUAAACUGGUAUUGCAUGAUGAUGGAUCAUCAUCAAGCAAUCAUCAACUUUGCAAUUCAAUAUCAUGUGACCGUAAUUUAUCCUCGCACAAAAUGGAGGAAGAAGAUAGCAAAAAUGGUCACGGGUGUGCAAAAUGGAUGUCUUCAAAGAUGAGGUUGAUGAAAAAAAUGAUGAGACCAAGUAGCAGUGCAGCGACUGACAAAGCCAUCAAUACUACUACUACUUCUACUACUACUACUAUUACUACUACAAGUCCAAGAUUCCAAAAUGAAGGGCACCAAAACAGGUACAGCCAAAGAAGCCCUCGUAAUAACAGCACUACCACAACUAGGGUUUGUUCGGAUUGUAACACAAGCAGUACCCCACUUUGGAGGAGUGGCCCUAAGGGUCCUAAGUCGCUUUGCAAUGCAUGUGGCAUUAGACAGAGGAAGUUAAGAAGGGCAAUGGCAGAAGCUGCAAAUGGUUUGGCUAAGCCCGUAAAUGCACCAUCCACAAAGACCAGAGUGCAUAACAAGGAAAAGAAGUAUCGUAAAAAUCAUUUUGCUCAGUUGAAGAAUAAGUACAAGACCACCAGAACUAGUGCUGCAGGGUCAUCUCAGGGGGUACGGAAGCUUGAAUGUUUCAAGGACUUGGCAAUAAGUUUGAGUAAUAACUUGGCUUUUCAUGAGCAAGUGUUUCCACGGGAUGAAGUAGCUGAGGCGGCGCUGCUUCUGAUGGAUUUAUCUUGUGGUUUUCACUUUUGAUUACAUACACUUUUUGCCAUUUGAUUUUGUUUUUUACUUUUAUAUAAACAUAUUUUAUACUUAUUUGUUUGGUUUGUGAGACCGAGCUUAUGUAUCUGCAGCACAACCAAAAUAUGGUCGGUUGCAUUACAGCUACAAUGUUUAUGGUGAUUAAGUAGUAAUAAGUUUAUGUAAGCGUUCAUGUAUAUUUAGUUUUAUAUUGUAGCUUGGAAUUAUGGGAGAAGUGUUUCUGCACCAAUAGAUCAUAAGGUUAUCUUGUGUAACCCCAAAAUUAGUCAUUUCGAGUGU